AUGAAAUUCAUACUUUUUGCUGCUGUAGCUGCAGCAACUGCUACUUCAAAUCUUGUUUCAAGAGCUGAUUCAAAUGUGUUUAUUGAUCAAACUUAUGAUUUAAUGCCAUCAUGUGCUCAACCUUGCGUUCAACAAUCUACUAAUCAAACUUAUUGUGCUUCAGAUGCUCCAAAUUGUUAUUGUUUUAUGCUUUCAGUCGUUGAUUCCGUUGGAGAUUGUAUUGCUGAAAAUUGUUCCGGUCAAGAUGUUACUUCAGCUAGUUCAGUUGCAACAAAUUAUUGUACAAGUAAAGGUUUGCAAUGGUGGAUUUCAUCUGAUACUCAAAAUAGAUUAGAUGCAGCAGCUCAAGAACCUGCGUCUAGUUCAUCAAGUGAAUCAAGCUCAAGUGAAACAAGCUCAAGUGAAACUUCAGAACCAACUGCAGAAUCAACUACUGAAUCAAGUUCAACAGAGUCAAGUCCAACACCAAAUUCAACAACUCAAGCAACUACACCAACAGGAAAUGUGUUUAUUGAUCAAACUUAUGAUUUAAUGCCAUCAUGUGCUCAACCUUGCGUUCAACAAUCUACUAAUCAAACUUAUUGUGCUUCAGAUGCUCCAAAUUGUUAUUGUUUUAUGCUUUCAGUUGUUGAUUCAGUUGGAGAUUGUAUUGCAAGUAGUUGUACAGGCCAAGAUGUUUCAAGUGCUACAUCAGUUGCAAAUGAUUAUUGUACAAGUAAAGGUUUACAAUGGUGGAUUUCUACAGAAACAAACAAUAGACUAUUAGCUGCUGAAGCAGGUCAAGAAUCUUUAUCAUUAGAACCAACAUCUGCAGAAUCUUCAUCUACAGCCGAAAGUUCAACUUUAGAAUCAUCAUCUACUCCAGAAUCAUUAGAUUCAACAACUUCUACAGCCUCACCAGAAUCAUCAAUCACUCCAGAGUCAUCAGUAGAAUCUACAACUGCACCAGACUCAUCUUCAGCUGCACCAGAAUCAACAUUGAAUUCAAAUGCACCAAAUGCACCAGAAUCAACAUUUGAAUCUACUACCUCAGAAUCAAGCAUACAAUCUAUUGCUCCUGAAUCAAGCUUAUCAGAGUCAAGUCCGAUCUCUAAUUCAAGGAUUCAAUCUAUUGCUCCACAAUCUAGUGAAAUUCCUUCAUUUUCAUCACAAUUUAAUGACGAAUCACUUUCAAGUGUAUCUAAUAAUCCCGUUUCCACUUUAAUUAGUUCAACAACUUCAUCAAACUACUCAUCCUCUAAUACUACACCUGCUGAAGCUCAAAUUACCAGUUUAGUUGUUGUUCAAGAAAGUUGUGAAUCAGUUCAAUCAACAGUAUAUGAACAAAUUUCAAAAGUUAUCACAGUUAUUGAAUCUUGUGAAUCUGAAAUUUCUUCAGUUAAAUCAGUUUAUACUACAGCUACAGAAACUGUUGUUAUUCAAAGUUGUCAAUCUCAAUUAUCAUCAUUAUCAUCAAUUGAAUCAAAUGCAAAUAAAACACUAAACUCAUAUGUUUUAGAAUUAUCAUCAGUUGUUAAAGUACAAACAACAGCUGCUAACCAACAAAUAUCUUUAGCUCAAGAGAUUAAAUCUACACAUACUGGUGAAGAAAAAUCUGUUGAAUCAGAUAUAUCUAAAGCUUCACAAAAUAUUCAACAAGCUGUUGCUGCUCAAAGUUCCUUAGCUGAAAUUGUCAAAUCUCAACCAACAAGUACUCCACAAGUUCUUGAAUUAGCCAAUAAAGCUUCUUCAACAAUAAUCUUCAGUACUUACGUAGUAUUAUUGUUUAUUUCGCUAAUCUUUUUUAUGUAGAUUAAAUAUAUAUUUUUUCGAGAUCUGAACACAAAAUCUAUUAUGUCGAUACCUAAAAAAUAUAGUACAUUACCUCAAAAUGAUACUACAUCAGCAAAUACAUUAGUAGAUGAUCAAGAAGCUGAAGAAUUCGAAUUACAGACAUUAAAUGAAUUAGAUUAUGAAGUUACUGAGGAAGUUGAAGAAACAGGGAAUUCAAAUAUGAAAAUGGCAUUUAUGAAUAUGGCCAAUUCAAUAUUAGGAGCAGGUAUAAUAGGUCAACCAUAUGCAUUUCGAAAUAGUGGUUUAAUAGGAGGUAUAAUAGUGAUGAUAUUAUUAACUAUACUAAUUGAUUGGACAUUAAGAUUAAUUGUGAAAAAUUCAAUACUAUCUCAGACCAAAUCGUAUCAAGACACAGUAAAUCAUUGUUUUGGACUAUCUGGUAAAAUUGUACUAUUAAUUUCAAUUUGUUCAUUUGCAUAUGGAGGUUGUAUGGCAUUUUGUGUUAUAAUUGGAGAUACUAUCCCUCAUGUAUUAAAAGUUUUCAUACCUGAAACAAUUUCAAAUAAUAAAGUAAUUGGUUGGUUAUUUUAUAGAAAUACUAUUAUUGUGCUAUUUACAACAUGUAUAUCAUAUCCAUUAAGUUUAAAUAGAGAUAUUUCAAAACUAGCUAAAGCUUCUGGAUUUGCAUUAAUUGGAAUGUUAAUUAUAGUGGUGAUUACAAUUUUUAGAGCACCAUUUGUUGCAAAAGAAUUAAGAUCUCCAUUAACAGUUCAACAAUGGACAGUGAAUAUAGAUAUAUUUCAAGGUAUUAGUGUUAUUUCUUUUGCAUUAGUUUGUCAUCAUAACACAAUGUUUAUUUAUCAAUCAAUGAAAAAUGCAACAAUGUCAAAAUUUGCAAAACUAACACAUAUAUCAUGUUUUGUAUCAAUGGUUUGUUGCAUGAUUAUGGGAAUUAAUGGAUUAGUUAAUUUUGGUGAUAUAACAAAGGGGAAUAUAUUAAAUAAUUUUAAAAGUAAUGAUGGUUGGAUAAAUUUAGCAAGAUUUUGUUUUGGUUUAAAUAUGUUAACUACAUUCCCAUUGGAAAUAUUUGUUGUUAGAGAUGUUUUAAAGGAAAUUAUACUAGUUAGGAAAGCAACUGGUGGAAGUAUAGCUGAUUUAGAAUUAAGUUCAAAACAACAUUUUUUUAUAACUACCAUACUUGUAUUUAGUUCAAUGUCUGUAUCAUUAUUUACAUGUAAUUUGGGUUUGAUUUUAGAGUUAAUAGGUGCUACUUCAGCUUCAUUAAUGGCAUAUAUUAUACCACCAUUGUGUUAUUUUAAAUUAUCAUUUAAUGAAACUAAUCUAACAAUGCCAAAGGACAAAAAGAGAUUUUGGAUAUUUAAAGGUAUACCGAGUAUUUUAUGUGUAUUAUUUGGAAUUGCAGUUAUGUUUAUUUCAUCAAUCAUGACUAUUAGACAAUCUAUAG